ACGGACUGUUCGGACGCUGGAAACACUGCAGUCGUCUUCAUUCUAGCAAACGUCGUCAUAACCUGCUCGAUUUCACCCGUCAUUUGGAUUCGAGCGCUUUACGAGAAGGCUUCGGUGAGGUGAGGUGCAUAUCCGAGCCUUCAUCGUGGUUGUUCAACGAUAAGUCAUGUCUUUCCAUCAAGACCGCGGGGGUCCCAGGCGAGGAAUGCCCCCCGGCCAAAACUACAGAGCCGCCAACCUGAGGCCCCCGCCACCUCAGCCCGCGGUACCCUCGUACCACUACGACCCUCAAGCUCCCGCCGUGCCUGGUUACCACGGGAACAGCAGCGGCUACAUGCCCCCGCACCCCGACUUCAUGUCGUACCCACUACCGCCUCCCCCGACGCCGGGCUCUCUUCACCCGUGCCCCGUGCGUCCGCCCUUCGCCAAGCCGCCUGUGCAGGGCUUCCCUGACCCGCCGCCUAGCUUUCCGCCUCCCCCCUUGCCAGGGACUCCCGUGACCGGCUCACAGAUGCCGCAAAACGCCUACCACCCGUACAUGAUGCCGCCCGUGCCCCCGCCGCCCUUGCCGCACCCGCCCGUGCCUCCCCCCGUGCCCACCCAGUCCGUGCCUUACCCUCCUCCGUACCACAUGGGCUACCCCCAUCCUCCGCAUCCGCCCUUCCCUCCCCCUGUCUUCAGCCCGGGAUACGCCCAAAACCCCGGCUCGUUCAAACCUGAGCAGAGUUUCCACCACAGGGGGCAGUACGAGCACGAGAAACCCGGCGACGGCAGCCGGCGCUCCCCCGAGCGAGGAUAUCGCCAUGAUGACCACCGGAAGAGGGGCUACGCCGGCCACGUGGACAGGCGCCGCGUGGACGUUCCCGGAGGGCGCAAGGACCGCGGCAGGAGCCCGGACAGGCACGGCAGGAGCGAGGGCGCGAGGUACAGGUCCGAGUAUGACAGAGGACGCUCACCAGGCAGCGCACGUCGAAGCCGCGAUCGCAGCAGGGAGCGCUAUCGACACCGAGAGAGUCGAAGGUCCCCGUCACCUGACCGACACCGAAAGAGGCCUCGCAGUCGCUCGAGCAGCAGAGACAGGAAGCGCAGUCGCUGGGAGGAGGAGCGGGACCGCCAGUCCGAGUGCUCGUCGGCUCCGAGCCGAGACCGCGGCUACUCCUCCGGCCGGAGCAGAGAUUCCGAGGAUUGCGUCAGCGGCGCCGAGCGAGAGCGAGGAGAAGCCGAGCGGGGCGAGGACGAGAAAGACGACGCUGACCUGCUGAAGCCCGCCUGGAUCCGCUGCACCCACGCUGAGAACUUCUACUCCAACGACCCCAUGGAUCAAGUGGGAGAUUCAACCGUCGUCGGCACGAGUAAACUGCGAGCCCUCUACGAGCGCUUCGAGGAGGAGCUGGGAAAGAGGCAGACGAGAGCCAAGGAGUCUCGACCCAAGUGGGAACCGCCGAAGACCAAACUGGACGAGGAUCCCGGCAACAGCAGCAGCGAGUCGGAGUGCGAGUCGGACGGGGAGGGAAGCUCUUGCUCCAGCAGCUCGGACUCGGAGUUGUUUGACGUCAUUGCCGAGAUCAAGAGGAAGAAAGCGCACCCGGAUCGACUUCACGAGGAGCUGUGGUACAACGACCCGGGACAGAUGAACGACGGUCCUCUGUGCAAGUGCAGCGCCAAGGCCCGACGCACCGGCAUCCGCCACAGCAUCUACCCAGGGGAGGAGUCUGUCAAAUCGUGUCGCGGGAUGAACAACAACGCCGGGAAGUUGUUCCACUAUCGGAUAACUGUGUCUCCUCCUACCAACUUCUUGACAGACCGUCCCACAGUGAUCGAGUACGACGACCACGAGUAUCUUUUCGAGGGCUUCUCCGUCUUCUCCCACACUCCUCUCACCAGUAUUCCAUUGUGCCGUGUGAUCCGCUUCAACAUAGAUUACACCAUCCACUUCAUAGAAGAGAUGGCGCCCGAGAACUACUGCGUCCGAGGCCUGGAGCUGUUCGCCUCCUACCUCUUCCAGGACAUUCUGGAGCUGUACGACUGGAACCUCGCAGGACCAGAUUGGGAGAAUAAUGCCGUCGGAUCCCAGCGCUUCCACUUUAUGCCUCGUUUUGUUCGGUUCCUACCCGAUGGUGGCAAGGAGGUGCUGUCCAUGCACCAGGUGCUGCUCUACCUCCUGCGCAGCAGCAAGCCACUGGUCCCCGAGGAGGAGAUCGCCGACAUGCUGCAGUGGGAGGAGCUGGAGUGGCAGAAGUAUGCGGAAGAGUGCAAGGGCAUGAUCGUCACCAACCCAGGCUCGAAACCGAGCUCGGUGCGGAUCGACCAGCUGGACCGGGAGCAGUUCAACCUAGACGUCAUCACCUUCCCCAUCAUCGUUCAUUUCGGGAUACGGCCCGCCCAGCUCAGCUAUGCCGGAGACCCACAAUACCAAAAGCUGUGGAAGAGCUACGUGAAACUGCGCCACCUGCUGGCCAACAGCCCCAAGGUUAAGCAACUUGAUAAGCAGAAGCUGACGCAGAGGGAGGAAGCUCUUCAGAAGAUCCGCCAGAAGAACACCAUGCGCCGGGAGGUGACAGUGGAGCUCAGCAGCCAGGGAUUCUGGAAGACCGGCAUCCGCUCCGACGUCUGUCAGCACGCCAUGAUGCUGCCCGUCCUCACCCAUCACAUCCGCUACCACCAGUGCCUCAUGCACCUGGACAAGCUGAUUGGCUACGUCUUCAAGGAGCGCUGCCUCUUGCAGCUGGCCAUGACACAUCCCAGUCACCAUCUCAACUUCGGGAUGAACCCCGACCACGCCCGCAACUCAUUGUCCAACUGCGGCAUCCGUCAGCCCAAAUACGGCGACAGGAAGGUUCACCACAUGUACAUGAGAAAGAAAGGAAUCAACACUUUGAUUAACAUCAUGUCCCGUCUGGGCCAGGAUGACCCGUCCCCCUCCAGGAUCAAUCACAACGAGCGGUUGGAGUUCCUGGGCGACGCUGUCGUGGAGUUUCUCACCAGUGUCCACUUAUACUACCUUUUCCCCACUUUGGAGGAAGGAGGCCUGGCCACCUACAGAACAGCCAUCGUGCAGAAUCAACACCUGGCCAUGCUCGCUAAGAAACUGGAGUUGGAUCGCUUCAUGCUCUACGCUCACGGGCCGGACCUGUGCCGGGAGUCGGACCUGCGGCAUGCCAUGGCCAACUGCUUUGAGGCCCUCAUUGGUGCCGUUUAUUUGGAGGGCGGCUUGGAUGAGGCCCGGCAGCUCUUUGGACGUCUGCUCUUCAACGGCCAGGACCUGCAGGAAGUUUGGCUCCACUACCCUCCACACCCUCUGCAGGUCCAGGAGCCUCAGACGGAUCGGCAGCUGAUCGAGACCUCACCCGUCCUGCAGAAGCUGACCAGUUUCGAGGACUCCAUCGGCGUGUUGUUCACUCACGUGCGCCUGCUGGCCCGAGCCUUCACGCUGAGGACGGUGGGCUUCAACCACCUCACGCUGGGCCAUAACCAGAGGAUGGAGUUCCUGGGGGAUUCCAUCAUGCAGCUGGUGGCCACAGAGUAUCUCUUCAUCCACUUCCCCGACCACCACGAGGGGCAUUUAACGCUUCUGCGCAGCUCGCUGGUCAACAACCGCACGCAGGCCAAAGUGGCGGAGGAGUUGGGCAUGCAGGAGUUCGCCAUCACCAACGACAAAACCAAACGGCCCGUGGCGCUACGGACCAAGACCCUGGCCGACUUGCUGGAGUCUUUCAUCGCGGCACUCUACAUUGAUAAGGACCUGGAAUUCGUGCACACCUUCAUGAACGUCUGCUUUUUCCCCCGACUGAAGGAGUUUAUUCUCAACCAGGACUGGAACGACCCCAAGUCUCAGCUGCAGCAGUGCUGCCUGACGCUGAGGACGGAGGGCAAGGAGCCCGACAUUCCGCUCUACAAGACGCUGCAGACGGUGGGGCCGUCGCACGCGCGCACUUACACCGUCGCCGUCUACUUCAAGGGCGAGCGCAUCGGCUGCGGCAAAGGCCCGAGCAUCCAGCAGGCGGAAAUGGGAGCUGCCAUGGACGCACUUGACAAAUAUAACUUCCCGCAGAUGGCCCAUCAGAAGCGCUUCAUCGAGCGCAAGUACCGGCAAGAGCUGAAGGAGAUGAGACGCGAGCGGGAGCGCCAGGAGAAGGACGGCGACGAGCCCAACGACGGCAGGAAGUGAGGGGGCCGGCGUCGCUGGAGACUCUCCUCGGUUCGGGACGCGGGUGGAAGUCGCACUGGUAAAGUUGUGUUCAACGUGGAGUCGGAAACUGGGGUGGGGGUGGGGGUGGGGGGGAACUCACACAAAAGAAGAAACAUCAUCAUUUUUAAGCCUUUAAUCAUCUAUUUUUUUUAAUGAGACCCCGUAAAAACAAAGACUUUUUUUUUAAAGAUUGAAAGUGAAAGUAAAUAAACAAAAUUAGAAUUAAGUUGUCUGCAAGUCAAGUCAAUAAUUAAAGUUGGCCGCUGCCCAAGUGUUUAAUACGCCGUCGCCAUCUGUCUUACAUCUGCCACUCAUCCCUCCAAUAAUCCAAAUUAGAUUGUUUUUCUUUUUUUGUUCACUUUGCCCUUCCCAAAUCCGAUUGGCUGUCAAGAUGAUCUGAAUUAGAGAUGAACUAAUUUCCCCUGCCAAGAGGCUUACAGAUCCAUAAAAAAUACCUACUACUACUUUCCUAUUCGCCCUUUUUUGUUUUUUUACUCAGUGAUGCAUAAAUAAUUUUUUUAAAAAUACAUUUAUCGUUCAAAAAAACUUUAGUAAUGGAGGAUGGAAGGAAAGAAUGAAAAUACAAGGGAAAAAAGGAACAGAAGAGAAGGAAGGAGGAGGAAAUGAACUGGAAGAAAGGAAGCAGGUAAAGGGAGGAAAACUAACGAAAUGUAACAGCAGAAAGGAAAAAGGUCUUAUGUUGAGCAGCUAGCCGUUAGCAACUAAGCAGCUGCCGAUGGCGAUCGAUCCGAACCUUUCUCCGCAUCACCUUAAGACGUUUACCACCCUGCUUUCUUUGGCGGAGCCUCAGCUGCCUGCCGGACUUCUCUUGGAAUCUUUCGCCACGCAGCUGGUUGCCAUCAAGCCGGCUGACAAUCAGCCCGUGGGCAACGCUAGCUACGACUCUGUUCACGUGGCGCUCCAAACAUACUUCAAAUUUGAAUGACUUUUGUGUGUUGUUGUUAAGUGUCCUUUGUGUCCCUUGAAAGGCACUCUUUACAGUAAAUCGUCGCGAUAUAAAGUAGCAGUUGUUUGAAGAGUAUAAAAAAAGGUGUGUUUUUAGUAAGUUUGUGUUUUAAUAAAGUGAAAUGUAUUUGAA